CCCGCAGGGGAGCGGGGCCCGCCGGGCGCUGGGCUCCUCCACCCUCCCUCUGCCUGCCCACCGCCUUGCCAGCCCCCGCGCCCCGCUUCUCCCCCCUCCUUCCCCGGCUGUGGCAAAUCCUGCACUGCAAGAUAUCCGCUGGGCAUAGGGAGGGGAUCUCUCUGUUGUUUUUUUUUUCCUUCUUCCUCCCCGCUCCUCCGUCUCCCUACCCUCCACUUGAGACCUGAGGAAAUCCAGCCCAAGUUCUCCACGAUGACUGCGCUGCUGGCAUCGGGGUUUCUCCACGGCAUCCCUGCCUCCGGAGCGCCGCACCGCUGCUCGCUCUGAAUCCUCGGCGCCGGGUGAAAGCUUAAUUCUCAUGCCGUGGUUGCUGGGCUGCUGCUUUCCUGCGUUUUGCGAUGGGAGGUGGAGGAGAAGGGAUUGUCCGUGAGUCAACGCUGAAAAUGUGAUUAGGAGGAACUGCUUUCACUAAUUUUUGUCUAACCUUUUAGUCCAUGUUGGCCUGUGACCCCUCGCAGCUUUCAGACCGAGCCUGAUUAGACCACGACACUGGUCUCCUUAUGGAAGCAGCUGUUUCUAUCCGGCCCUGAGAUCCCAUGGAGAAGCUGAGGAGGGGGAUGGCUCUUCACAUCCAUGAAGCCUGGAUACUGCUGUUUGUAAUCCCUGGCUUGGUCACACCAGCUGCCAUCAACCACGAAGACUACCCCGCCGAUGAAGGGGACCAGACCUCCAGCAAUGACAAUCUGAUCUUUGAUGACUACCGAGGGAAGGGUUGUGUGGAUGACAGUGGCUUUGUGUACAAACUGGGAGAACGCUUUUUCCCGGGGCAUUCCAACUGUCCCUGCGUUUGUACUGAGGAUGGACCUGUUUGCGAUCAACCCGAAUGCCCUAAAAUCCACCCAAAGUGUACAAAAGUGGAACACAAUGGAUGCUGUCCAGAAUGCAAGGAAGUGAAAAACUUUUGUGAAUAUCAUGGAAAAAAUUACAAAAUAUUGGAGGAAUUUAAGCCCUCGCCAUGCGAAUGGUGUCGCUGCGAGCCCAGCAAUGAAGUUCACUGUGUUGUAGCAGACUGCGCAGUUCCCGAGUGUGUCAACCCGGUCUAUGAACCAGAGCAGUGUUGUCCGGUCUGCAAAAAUGGAAGUCCUGAAAUGGCCAGAUUUUAAGGUUGCAGUUAAAAACCCUUCAGUCAAAGUCUAUGCAAUAUGCUGAUUGCUUGUGCAGAUGCAAGCUGAGCGUGGCCGGCCAAGACGAAGACGUAUCCCCACACUGGACCUUGUUGGACUCCACAACUCCAUCCAUAGGUGCUGGAGAAUGAAGCUGGUAGAGCAGCGUGGCCGUGUCACGCUUUUGCUCGUGGUGGAUAAAAUAUCUGUGGAAGCCAGAUGGAUUUUUGAGCACUCAGUUGACCCCAUCGCCACCAGCAACCCAUCCCGAUGGCACGUGAGGGGCCAGAGGAGGGAUUUACCCUUCUUCAAGCAGCAUUUGCCCAGCACAUGGGGACGGGGGAAUGCUUCGCAGCCUUAUGUGCAGAUGUAGAGCCUCCAUCCUGAAUCAGGAGUCUUCCAUUUUGGACACCAACACGAGUCAGGAGUCUUUUUCCAUUUUUGCAGAACUUGUAGAAGCUGCCUUACCAUUGUGACGGCAAAGCCCGUCAAGGCUUCAUGCCUAGCUAUGAAAAUCAAUGCUUUUGAAGCUUGAACACGGAAGAAAAUUCCUGCCACUACAAAGGAUGCUUUUUUGAUUGUUUGUCAGCUAAUGUUCUUUGUGUUUACCAGCAGGAAUGUAAGCUGUGGUGCCCUGUUAGCUCAAUUAAAGGAGCGAUUUGAUUAGCAACUGAGGAAGAAAGGGAUUGAUUUGAAAGCUGGUAAAAGAUCAAGACUGAAAACAAGGCAGUGUAUUUGGGCUAGGCCAUGAUUGACCUGACAAAAUACUUCAAUGCUUACUUUACUGUUCCUUUAAAAAGGAGUUAUUUCACUGAAAUUGAUUUUCAGUGGUGUUUGUUCACCUCCAUUACUUCGGGCCAAGUGUUUAAAGGCAGAUAGGUGCCAAAUUUUCUGAUGAGAGUGAAGUGCAGAGGUAUCCAUGCAGCCCUCGGUUGGUUUUGAAAGUCUCACACAGUUGGAUUUUCCAGCUUAAAUAUACUCAGGACUGUGACCUGCACCCUGUGGACACAGCUGUUGGAAGUCAUCUAGAAUUGGUGAAGAGCUUUGGAUAAACCUUCUAAAACUUGCCAUCGAGCGGAGUUGGGUUGAGUAUGGUUACUUCCUGAAGCGUAGAAGGAGAUGGCAGGAGCUGAAAGCUAUCCUGAAUUUGUACUCAGGACCCUAAACAUGUUCCCAUGCCUCCACUUCAAGCAGAGCUUGGAAUGAAUGUCUUUCAACACCCUAAAUGGCAGGAGGGUGAGAAGCUGUUUGCUGGAUGAGACUUGCUCCACAGCUCUUGUGAAACAGGCUCAGAUCAUGGAGGAGUGGGAAAUGUGUUACACGUGGCCUGCGUUGUUCUUCAAACGGAGAUGGUUGUGAAGAAGCAUCUGCUUACUGGGGGUGACCCCUUGGGAAAACGUUGCUGAGAUUUGUGUUUACAAGUCUACGGCGGCAGUGGUUCAAGAUCCACUAUCGUCAUAGUGGUAUUUUGUAGAGGAGUGGUGGGUUGGUUGGGAUUUUUUGGAGAAGAAGGUCCUAGGCUGAGGUUGGGAAGCUGUUGCAGAGCCCAAGCAGACUAAACAGUAUUGGAAUCCAAGCAGGCGUGGUUACUGCUGUUCCCCACCUAAUUGAAUUCUGAGUGUUACGCAGAAGACUAAAAAUGACAUUUUUAUCCAAUUACAUUGCUGUAAACCACGCGAGAGAAACCCACAGCCAGAUCCCGGGUCUGUGGUACUCAGUGUAACCCCAGCAGAGGGGCUGACUCAUAUUUACUCCUGCUGAGGUUCUGACCUGCAGUAGCUAAUUUCUCUGGGUGACUCACAGGCAAACUGCAGAAGACUGGGGUGCUUUGCAUGGUCAGGCUUUCCAAAAGGAUUACAGAUGGUUUUGCUUUUGCUGCUCUGAAAGGUUGGGCUUAUUAGGCAUAUCUGUAUGAGAAGAGAGGCAUGACACUGUCUUCAUGUAUUUCUAAUUUAAUGAAUGUUUAAUGCUUCUUUUAUUGGAGCCAACAUAUAUGUAGAGUAGGGGACUUUAACAAGGGGUUGACUUAUGUCAAAUAGUUGAUGUUUGACCUGCUCCUUUUACAUGAAAUGCAGACUUUACAAAGCAAAGAGACUGUAAUGAAAAUAUGAAUUAAAGAUUAGAGCUGAGCAAGUCCAAGAAAACUUAGAAUUCAAAAAGGCACUUGGAAGUUUUCUUCUCCUGCUUCCCUCUCCUUCCCUCCACUUUCUCAGCUGUCUCCAUUCUCUCUGCUCCAUUGGUAGGGUCUCACAUCUCAGCUGCUGGUCCCUGUUGCCCAAAGAUGUCCUUCUGCCUGUGAACAUCAGCAUCCAUUUCCUUCCAACCCCUUGUACUCAUACUCCUCCUCUCUUUGUGCUCUUGCUUUGCACCGGGGUGUUCACCCUCUCAGUGCAGGUGUGAGAGCUCAGUGCUGCAGCACAGGUUGGAAAGAGCUUGGCUGGUUGAGGGUAAUUACUUGGUGGUUUUUUUUCUGUUUGUAUUUAGAAAACCCUUGUGCUGUGUUGAUCAGAAUUUAUACCUAAGGUUGAAGAGCUUAGGCUUAGUCAUCAGCAAAUAAAAGCCCAGAGGAAGAGAGAAUCUUGCUUUAUUUGCUUCAGCUGGUUUUGUUGAUGUGGUGUGGUUCCUCCUGCCCCGCUAAUAGAACAAAAUAAGGGAUGGAUGGGCAAUGAGUUCACCCACCAGACCCUCAUCUUCAGCACUAUGUGUGGGGGCCCCCUUGGUUUAUUCUUUCUAGAUAAACUCUGGUAUGUACUCAUCUCAUUGGUACCCGGGAGUUGCCACAAGGAGUUCAGUGCGUAGCUUGAAGAUAUGGUACAAUCCCACAGCUGAUGUAAACGGAUGCAUCUCAUUUUGCAUAAAAUAAGCCAUGUUUUCCUCCCUACUGGGAGGAAAUGUUGAAAAUGUUUUGUGGCAGCAGUUUUGUUCUAGUAGAGAAGCUCAGAGCUCUUAGAAUAAAUGAAGCAGGAGCUGAUGUACCAAAGCCAGAAGCCCCAGUGUCACAUGCAGGGUUGUAUUGUGAGAUGGGUCUGCAUGAGGGUGCACACACGCAGUUCUCCAAGAUGCUUCCAUGCUCGGGCUUUCUUUGCUGCAUCUUGUAGAGAGUAUAAGAGGAGGAAGGGAAUGUGCUGGCCAAAAAGUGCUGACUCACGGCACCAUGCCUGGGAAAAAGGCCAAUUAUAGCAAACUUGCUGUUCUUACUCUUAAAAAGGUCGGGGGAAAAAACUUGGAAUGAUCAGCUGCCACCAUUUUAAUGCUUCCAGAAUGAACCAACUCUAAUCUUGGAAGAAUGACUAUCCAUCUAGAUCUUUAUUUUAUCGUAGAAUCACAGAAUGGUUUGGGUUGGAAGAGACCCUUAACGGCCACCGAGUCCAACUGCCCUGCAGUGAGCCCAUCCCUCGAUGGGGGAGGGAUUUCAGAUAAGGAGGACAGAGGUGCAGGGACUUUUUGAUGAUGAUGGAUUAUUUCAGAUAACCUGCUCUCUUAAAAAAAAAAAAGAAAGAAAAAGAAAAAAAGAAUAGCAGAGAUCUCAAAACUCCGAUUGUGAUGUGAAAACAUUCUUCCUGAUGGGCUCUCGUCCUCACUAAGGUAAGCACUGAGAACCAGAGUAGGACUGGAGCAUCCCUGGGUGGUGGCCCAUGCUCAAGGUUAGCUCCAUAUGGACCACUGUCCAAAUGCUUGGGGCAUGCUGGGGGAGGCAGAUGGAGGAGCCCUUGUUCAGUACUGCAUUGGUUCUCCUGUGCAUCAUUAGUGUUUGUCUGGGCUGCUCUCUGCCUUGUGAAACCCAGCAUCAUGCUCUCAUGCCACCCCUCUCAGCGCUUGGCACAUCCAGAAAAGGCUGCAAAGGCAGGAGAGGAUCCCACACCGGCUCCUCUGCCUGCAUCUAAGGAAUCACCAGCCAUCAAGCACAGCUUGAUUGGUGCAGUGCUCCAAUUUCCUAAGGGCCAAGGAACCAUUCUAGAAGAGCCUCACCGUGUGAUCUCUGACUCACCAAGCCACCUCUGACAUCCCAGGAGCUCCUUUGCAUGUGGAUUACUCACCUACAUGGCUUUGUGGCAGUGUCCUGAUGCAUCAUCCCUCCUCUACAGCUGGCAGUGUGAGCAAUAGCCCCUCCCACACCUGCCAUGGUGUCCCAGCUCCAGGCAGGGGCUGUUGGCAAUUAGGGAUGGGAUUGAUCUGGUUCUGGCUGACAUGCUGCAGGAGGUGUCUGCAAGGCACUUCUGUCCUCCCUGUGCUGCAAGGAGAUUUUUUGGUUGCUUUUCAAUCUGCAUCAAAUGAAAAAAUACAUAUAGAAGCAUAUUACAAGAAUUGUCAAGCAGUAAUUAUUAAGGACUUGGAAAACUCUGAUUAGGAAUGGAAACCUGUCCACCUUAACAAUAAUUAAUUUGCUGCGUUUUGCACCAGAAACUCAUCUUUUCACAGCUCCCCCCAGAGAGCCAAAUUGGGUUUUGGCUGUGAGUUUUUGACAAGGUCUGCCCCAGAUCUCCCAGGGCUGAGAAGCAUAGAGCUGAGCUUGGAUCUCUCAGUGCUCCCCAGGGCCUUAUCUUGAGUACUUUCCCCCAUACCUGAAGGAUUUUGCUGGCCAAACUCUUGCUUGGGUUCCUCAAGUGGAUCAACCAGAGAAACAAAGGUGAUUCCUUUUCCUCCCUGGCACGGCUGCCCAGGGGGUGCUGGGGGUCACCGUCCCUGCUGGUGUUCAGGAACCAUGGAGAUGCGGCACCAAGGGAUGCAGUUCCAUGGGCAUGAUGGGGUGAGUUGGGAUUGGACUUGGAGGGUCUGAAAGGUCUUUUCCAACCUCAGUGAUUCAGUGAUUCCGUGAUUCUAUGAAAGUCACCAUCAAUAUUCCCACUGCUGACAAAGACAGGCAGCUCAUGCAUUAACAUUUUACCUCUUGUGGAUGUUCUUGAGUGUCUUGUGGCAGUAUAAACUCGUUUACCUGCCACCCCAGUGUCAGCCUAUCAGUAUGCUCUCACAAGACCUGUCCCGAUUAUGCUCCAUAAAGAUAAGAAUUCUACAGAAGGAAAGCUCCUCCAUUGAAAUCAACAGAAUUUGGCUUCACAGGGGAGACAGAUGCAGACAGGAGUCGGGGGGAUAAAGAGACACUGUUUGCUGAGUUUCCCCAGGACUGGCUGUAGCAGCACGUAGUUUUGCUGCCUGAUGGCUCACUUGCAGUGCAGUGGUUAAAGCCCCAUUCUGCAACAUUUGUGCCCAGCUCUGCCAACCUGCUGUGUGUAAGGGGCUCAGCCCGGCUGCCCCGCGGCACCAGCCAGCUCCCAGCCAGCCAAGCAGCACCGCCACCAGCAGUGAAGUGCUCACAGCCUCCUUUUCUCACUCGCUGCCAUCAUCAGUGGAUUUUAAUUAAGGGAGAAGGAAAUGUGUUGCUUUUCGGCCGCGGGGGCGCAGGGAGGAAUUGGCGGUGGCGUAAAUAGGGAGCAGGGAGAGAGGAGAAAGGGAAGGGGUGGGCUGUGAGGGCGGACGGCUGAACUGGUUCUAUUUGGAUGGUGGCGUGCCUCCUUUCCCCCUGUUUGUUCCAGUGAAUACAAAAAAAUCACAAGAUAAAGCUCCCUGUGCAGGCGGCGCGUCCCAGCUGCAGGAGGGAGGGGGGCUGUCUUCAAAACAAAUAUUUUGCUGGCUUUAUUCAGAGAUUAAAGCCCUUUCUGAGGCAGCAGCGUUGUUUAUUGCUGCCCUCUGAACGCUGACUUUCUUACUGAGAUCGCUGCGGAGGAAUAAAGAGAAAAUUAAAAAAAAAUAAAUAAAUGGAAAAAGAACACGAAGCCAAACAAAUAGACCAACUCCUGGCACUGGCAAGUUUUCAUCUUCCAAGGUCAGCUGUGAUUUCAUUCGGAAAGUGCUUUGCUCUUUUUAGCAGCCUUGGCGAUGGCAGCCAUACGUACAAAGGACCAUCUGGAAACCUGCUCCCAACUUCAGCAGGCAGCGCGUCGCUUCGCCUGCAGACCCUGUUUGCUUGCUGGCUCCCUUUAGCUCCCAUGCGUAGCCCCGAUGAAGUAUGCACAGAUUCCUCGAGCUUCCCCAGCAGUUCCUACCUUUCUUUGGUCUAGCAAUCCUUCAUCUGAUCUAGAUUUGGGGGAUUUUUUUUCCCCCUUAUGUUACUUCCUGCCGUUGUUGAGCUCAGCUUUUGCUUCGUGCAUUGAGGAGUACAAGAGCAUGUUUCAUUUUCCAGAUUAGAAAAUGCUCAAAGGUAUAAUCAGGUCCUUCCACAGUAUUUAAUUAUCCAUAAUUAAAGGCAUCUACACAAAGCACCGGAUUUUCAAAGACUAUUCUUGUGUUACAUUGCUAAUGAAUUAAGUAAUUAAUUGGCAUUGAAAAAAUACAAUAGGAAGCAUCAAUCUUUUAAAGCGAGGCAUUUUUAGGCAUUUUGUAAAAUCAUUAAAUUGUAUCAGGUCAGUAGCUGUUCUAACAUCUAAAUCCCACUUCUGGUUUUAAAUAAGAGGAAUGCAAGGGAAGACAAGGCGGGGAAGGCUUGCUAAUAGUCAUUCCCAGUUGCUGCUUCGCACUGCAAAAUAACCAUCCUGUCCUGUCAGGCUGGAAUAAUCUCACAUGGCAUCUGCUUGAGUAUAAAAGCCCUCACAGAUUGUGGUAAUGCAUUUGUAGUGGCACCCAGAAUUAUUAGCAGAGGAAAGUACAAUCCUUUUCCAUUUGAUGAUUUAGUUAAAUGCAACCAUUCACAUGCUCUACUCAUCUUAUUUUUAUUAGCAACCUGACUCUUUGCGUGGCACCAUUAGGAAGCAUUGUGCAAAAGACAUGGAUACCAUUAAAUUCAGGCAGCAUAAUGGGCCCUCAGAAAAGCAAAACCAAGGGUCAAGAGCAUGGUGGCUUGAGGCGUGGAGGCAUUCUUUUACCAGCUGAACCAUUCCCACCAAAUAUCCACGUUUCGAUGGCGCUGCGUUUUUCACAUGGGAGAUGAAGGCGGCCUCACAGAUUACUGAACCCUUUUCACCUCUCUCAUACCAACCAGCAACCACUGCUAAACCAAUGUGUGCAGUAGUGCUACCGUCUGCCUGAGCUGACCACUCUGCUUUGCUUAUCUGAUGUUGAGUUGAGUUGGUUUUCUUAUUUUUUUGUUUCAGUAGGUUGCGCAUUUACAUGUACAACUCGGCAAUCCCACUUCCUCUAUUCCUCCUGUUCCACGUUUUAGAAGGCUUGUUUUGUGUGAAAUUAGCACAGUCACAGUUUUCCACCUCAUUUUAUGACUGAUACAGAAAAAAGAAAAAAAAAAAAGCCAUAAAACAUCAUGCACAGCUGUAGUGACCAAGUUAGAUUCAAUUCUGGCUUUAUAUUGAUUUGACAUGCAGCCAGCUCUCCCCCGUACAUCAUCCCUGAUUGCAGUUAAGGAUGAAAUACUGUUUUAAUUCUUACACCAAAUGUGGCUUUUUUUUUCCACGGAAAAAAAAAA